AAAGCUUCCAAAAAGUUUCGGAAAAAACAUUAAAAAGUUUUCAGAUUUUAUUAUUUUUUUUUGAACAGCUGAUCUAGGAAGACUUGUUUGGUUAAAAUUGUCCUAAAUUUUUUGGAAUAGUUUUUGUUUAGUGAUGGAAGAUGGAAAAUUGCAUAUUCAUGGUCUAAAAAGAAUGAACCAGCUCAAACCACUUCAAAAGUUGAUAGUCACCAAAAAAAGGUCAUGUUGUCUAUUUGGUAGGAAUUCAGAGGGAUUGUUUUUUGAGAUUUUUUUGACAAUACCACAAUUGAUUCUGAAAUGUAUUAUGAACAGCAGGACGAAUUGAGUUAUGCACUCAAACAGCCGAGUCAAGAAUAUAUCAAUGGAAAAGGUGUUGUGUUCCAGAACGUUAGUAUGAGAUCUCAUACAAUGUUUGAAUAAUUUUGAAAGUAUUGCAACUCGAAUCCAAAGUUAAUUAGGUGCUUAUAUUUCAACGAUUAACAUCCGCAUGUAAACUUUGACCUAAAAUACUUUAACAAGAUAAGAAAGACACGCCGUCGCCGGCAUUUUUGGCUUUCAUGCAAGCAUUAAAGAAAUACACGUGAAAAUCAGCCAAAAUAAAUGCAUUAUUUUGAACUCUAACAUUGGGCUUAUCAAAAGCAUGAACAAUAUUGCUCGGAUGUAGGUGUGGAAUAAAUUAUAAGUAAAGAAAAAUAUUUGUUACUAAGCUAUUUGAGUUAUUUUAAAAAAUUCCGCUUCGGCUAACGAAAUGCAAAACACAAAUAUUAUAAAUUUUUUUUGAAAAAAAAAAAUGCUUACUAUUUUUUGCAGCAUACAUUAAGACAAAAAAGUACACGGAAAUUGAUGCGAUCCGUUUCCACUGCAGCCAUUCAACAAGAAUUAGAUGCAAAAAACAAUUCUUCAAGAUCACUGUUUACAAUCAAAUGUUUUCCUCCACACCAAUACGUGCAUCAACUAAGGAUCAGAAUGCCAAUAACAGCGGUUCAAGCAAUGGACUUGACAAUUCUAUAGAAAACAGGAAUACCUUUCCAUAUCCACCUUGUUGGAAUAAUGAUGUUCGAAUGAUUGCACUAUUGGCACCAUUUCGUAUACGGGAACUCAAUCCAGAACACUACGAUUCAAAAUUAAAGUUUUGGGAAGAUAUGAUAGCGUUGUAUUGUGAGCACACAGGCACUAGCUGCUUUUGCAAACGCGACCUACAGCACACAUUUACGCGUGGUAAUCGAAUACCCUCCGGUUUGGACACAGUUUUUAGCGAAAUGUUGCACGCCAAGAAAAUACGCACACGUGCAGAUUUUGAAUAUGAUCCUGAAAAUACAUGGAGCGGUUGGGCGAUGAAUAAUUUUGUAAAACUUCCAAUAUCAUGGGGUUGGCAAACAUUAAAGAGCAGAAUAGGGCUGCAGUCAGAGAAUCAAGCAAACUGGCUAGAAUAUGUCCACUUAGACGUUAUGAAGAAAUUUUGUAAACAAUUGCAACAAAGUGUGUUGCAAGAACAUCAGGGUGAACUGCUGCAUUAUGAAAACUUUAGAGAACUUUCGAGCGCAGUUUUGGCGCUUAAAGAGGAUUGCCUACUUUUAUGUUUGCACGUGUUGCAUUGUCAAAGAAAAAUUGGAGUUGAGUACAAACUAGGCGAAAAAGAGCAACAAAUUCAUUUGAUCAAAAUACCUGCAAAAACUGAUACAAACAUUGAAAUCACUGAGACUGAUCGUGCCGUGCACAACCUUAAAAUGACACAAGCCAGUUUGUUGAAACAGUUGGAAAAAUUGGAAGAAGACAUAAAGGAAAAUGCGGAAAAAGCACGCCAAUAUAUAAAAGAGAACAAACGACAAUUGGCUAAGACUUACUUGCGAAAGAAACAAUUAUUGGAGAAAAAUCAUGAAAAACGUAGCAUAGCUUUACACAAUAUAGAAUCGCUUAUAACUAGCGUGGAUGAGGCACAAAGUCAUGGACAAAUACUCGAUGCUUAUAAGAUCGGUUCAAAGGCAUUACAAAAAGCACUUAAUGACUCUGGCUUGAAAUAUGACAAUGUCGAUGAAGUUAUCGCCGAGGUGCGUGACACUAUGGAGACACAUCAAGAGUUACAAGAUACCUUGGCUAAUGCGGGACUAUCAGAUAUUGCCGCCGGUGGCGCAGAUGCCAAUGAUAAUGAUGCUUUGGAACGCGAACUACAACAAAUACUCGGCCAAACGGGUCAAACGCCCAUAAAGCCUACAAAUGAAAACGCAAAUAUAAGCAAGUCUGCAGCCAGCGGCGUGCCUAAACCACAAAUAACCGAUGCAGAACUUUUGGCUAUGUUAGCGGGUCUGGAAGUUGAAGACGGUUCACCCAGAAAAAGCGAGGCGAGCGUAAGCACUGCUGUUGCUGAAUAAGUGUUACCAUAGUUAAUGAGUCGCCAUUAGAGUUAAAAGACCUUACUGAAUUUAGUUAUCUGCUUUAAUAUAAGGGUGAAUGUUUUGAAAACGUAUAUGUUGUAGAAAAAUUAAACUUUGUCAAAAUAAAAGCAUAUUUAUUUAAAUUUUCA